CGAGAGGAAAUUUGGUAGUCAAUGACUGUUUCCGGGGGGAGCUGAGAAAGUGAGUCUCACUUCCGGCAGAGGGAGGCUUUCUGACCCGGGAUGGAGGAGGCGGAGGAGCUGCCCUUGGAGUGGGAGAGACUGCAGUUCACCCCCGAUCCACGCCUGGGCCCGGACUCAGGAUGGAGCCCUUCCAGAGAAGGCUGUGCACAGGGACUCAAAGAUCUCUCGCCCGGACCUACCCGAGCCAUCCUCGCUCUAAAGAGCCUCCCGCGGGGCUUGGCCCUUGGCCCUUCACUCAUCAAGGAGCAGCGCUUGGGGGUCUGGUGUGUUGGGGAACCCUUGCAGCCAGGACUGCUCUGGGGGCCACUGGAAGAGGAGUCUGUCUCCGAGCAGAAGGGCCAUGGAGUGAAAACAAAGCAGAAGGAGGACGUGUCACUAGGCCCAUGGGGAGAUGUGUGUGCUUGUGAGCAGAGUUCAGGCUGGACUAGUUUGGUGCAGCGGGGCAGGCUGGAGGGUGAGGGAAACGUGGCCCCAGUGCGGAUCAGCGAGAGGCUCCACCUGCAGGUGUACCGGGUCGUGCUGCCAGGUUUUGAGCUGCUGACGUGGCCCCAGCCUCCCUCGGAGGGCCUGAGCCCCACCCAGCCCAGGCUAGAGGAAGAGGUAUCCUUGGCUGUGGUGACAGAAGUGGAGUCUGCUGUACAACAGGAAGUGGCCUCCCACGGGGAGGAUGCAGCAGAACCUUGCAUAGAUCCUGGUCACCAGUCACCCCCCCACAUCCAGGUGGUGAGCCCUGGACUUCAGCCCCAAAUCCAGGACCAAGUUUCCAAGGAGAGUCAGCCACUCAGCCCACUGCCUCAGGAUGGCCGUGUAGACGAGGAGGACCCACCCCAGACCCAGAUGCCACCUGAACCUCAGAGCAGCUCCACUCCCCAGCAGGGCCCUGAGAGCAGUGAGGCCAGUUCCUCAUCUUCUGCCAGGGGCCCCCAGCUGCAUGCUUACCUAGUCAAGAAGUUGCGUAGCCCCAGUGAUCAACGGCCACCCAGAGCGAAGACCUCAGAGCCCGGGGCCCAGCAGAGUGGAGAGCAGCAGCACCCUGGCUUCCCCACAUGCUUGCGGAGCGCCCCUGGCCCGGUGGGAGGCUCCCCGGAGCGGGGGCGACGGUACCGCUGUGCCGAGUGUGGCAAGGCCUUCCUGCAGCUGUGCCACCUGAAGAAGCAUGCGUUCGUGCACACGGGCCACAAGCCCUUCCUUUGCACCGAGUGUGGCAAGAGCUACAGCUCAGAGGAGAGCUUCAAAGCCCACAUGCUGGGCCACCGUGGGGUGCGGCCAUUCCCCUGCCCUCAGUGCACCAAGGCCUACGGCACCCGGCGAGACCUCAGAGAGCACCAGGUUGUACAUUCAGGUGCCCGGCCCUUUGCUUGCGACCAGUGUGGCAAGGCCUUCGCCCGCCGGCCCUCCCUGCGGCUGCAUCGCAAGACACACCAGGUUCCAGCGGCCCCUGCCCCGUGCCCGUGCCCUGUGUGCGGGCGGCCCCUGGCCAACCAGGGCUCCCUGCGGAACCACAUGCGGCUCCACACGGGGGAGAAGCCCUUCCUGUGCCCACACUGCGGCCGGGCGUUCCGCCAGCGAGGCAGCCUGCGCGGGCACCUGCGGCUGCACACAGGCGAGCGCCCUUACCGCUGCCCACACUGCGCCGACGCCUUCCCCCAGCUGCCUGAACUGCGGCGCCACCUCAUCUCCCACACCGGGGAGGCCCACCUGUGCCCCGUGUGUGGGAAGGCCCUCCGGGAUCCCCACACGCUGCGCGCGCACGAGCGCUUACACUCAGGCGAGAGGCCCUUCCCGUGCCCCCAGUGCGGCCGUGCUUACACGCUGGCGACCAAGCUGAGGCGCCACCUCAAAUCCCACCUGGCCGACAAGCCCUACCGCUGCCCCACCUGUGGCAUGGGCUACACUCUCCUCCAAAGCCUCAGGCGGCACCAGCUCAGUCAUCAGCCCGGGGCACCCUCCAGCCCACCCUGUGUGCCGCCUGCCGCUUCUGAGCCCAGCAUGGUGCUCCUGCAGACCGAGCCAGAACUACUGGACACAGGCAGUGAACGGGGCGGGUCCCCAGCCCCGGACGUCUUCGAGGUCGCCCUUUCCGAGAGCCAGGAUAAGUGCUUUGUGGUGCCUGCGGAGCCGGGUCCUGCUCCCAGCCUGGUGCUCAUCCAUAAGGACAUGGGCUUCAGCACCUGGGCAGAAGUGGUAGAGGUGGAGACGGGCACCUGACCACCCUCACCUUCCCUCGGCAGAGCUCUGUGUAAAGACUGGUGUUUCUGA